AUGUAUGUGAAAUGGUUUGAUACAGUAAUGUUAUACUAUGUGAUUUUAGUGUAUUUAGUGAAUGACACUUUUUGCCAUUUUCAAAUUUUCCGCUGCUCCGUCCCCAUACGUCCCGACGACGCAGGGGACGGAACCCAGAAGGCAUCCAUCCCGGAGAACAUUACAGGGAGGACACUGCAGGAGGAACAUUACGGGAGUGCAGGACAAGGUAAGAGAAGAACAGAUCCCAGAGCAGCGCCGCAUGGUAAGCCCGAGUGUAGCUCGGGGGUUACCGCUUGUGCUACACUCGGGAAUACCGCCAGGGAGGCU